GUGUCAGAUCAACUAGGUGUAUGAAGGCACCUUCCACAGUAACAAGCAGCUGCAGACAAUCGUGCUGACAGAAAACGUGCUCAUGUUUGUGUCUGACACAGCAUUUGCUGGCCCACAGUCCCUGAAGCAGCUUGUCUUAACACAGACAGGAAUAACCAGUAUAUCUUUUAUUCCAAUGCCAAAUCUGGAUAGUUUGGAUACUCUCAUCCUGGGCAGCAAUCACAUUUCUUCAUUGCAGCUCCUUUCCACCUUUCUGACUCAAAACCUCAAAUACCUUGACUUUCAGGUGAACAACAUAAAAGCAAUCACAGCAGAAGAUGGCUGCGUUCUGCAGAAGACCAGCAAUGUAACUCUCAUCUUAAAAGUCAAUAAUAUAUUAUACAUUGAACCUGGAGCUUUCCAGUCCUAUUUCUACAGUUUGAACUUUGGGGGCUGCACUGACAUCCCUAGGGUCCUGGCGGUGAUACAGAACUCCACAGCCCAGAUCCUUUGGUUGUGAACAUUUCACAAUGUGGAAAAGCAGCGCUACAUAAGCCCAGAUGUUUUACAAGGCCUCUGUAAUAUCUCUGUCAAGGAUUUCUAUUUGCAGCUACGGCACUUCAGAAACCUCAGCAUGCUCCGAAAGCUGGACCUAACUCAAACCCACAUCAGCUCGUUGCCCUCUCGUAUCCGUGGCAUGAGCUUGCUAACAGAGUUAGUUCUCAACGCGAACAUCUUCGAGCACCUCUGUGACAUCAACUCUGCUGCCUUCCCCUCCCUCACCAGGGGGAACUCACAUGGCCUGCAGCUGGGCUCUGGCUGCUUGAAGAAAUUGGAAAAGCUUCAACAUCUCGACUUAAGUAAGAGUCACUUUGAAAGCUUUGAGCGCUGUAAUGAAGCACUGAGCGGUCUGAGCAGUCUUAGGUACCUGAAUCUGAGCCACAACAUAAAGCUCCACCUCCAAGACAUGUUCAUUAAGGACAGUGCUAACUUGGAGCUGCUGGACCUAGUUUUCACUCCUCUUCAUAUCAACCCUUCAUAGGGUCCUUUCCAAAAUUUGCUUCUCUUGCAAGUGCUGAAUCUUUCCUCCUCUCACAUUAAUACCAGCAUUCAGCAUCUCUUUCAAGGUCUGGAAAACCUCAUGCUCCUGGACCUCAGUCAAAAUAACUUUGAGUGGGGGAUCAUGUCAAAGGACAAACUGUUCCAACAGAUAUCCAAUUUAGAGGUGCUAAUUUUAUCGUCCUGUGAACUUACAGCCAUAGGUGACCAAGCAUUUCACAGCCUCAGGAAGUUACGACAUGUUGAUCUGAGCCACAACAAACUUACUGCAUUCAGCACUGAUGCAUUUUCAAGUCUCAAAAGCAUUUAUCUUUUUGCCCACAACAGAACCCGUAUUGUAGCACAGGACAAGCUAACGUCCCUAGCUGGCCGCUGCGUAAUCAAUUUAAGUUACAACCCUCUGGAAUGCACCUGCUCCAAUAGAGGUUUAAUUACCUGGUACAAGCAGAAUCUGGACAAAAUUGAAGACCCUGAAGGAACAAGAUGUUCUGAACCCAGAUGGCUUGCUGGGGUUGUCCUGGCUGUUUUAAUCUGUGGUGCCAUCUUCAUUUGGGGUGCUUGCUAUUUCAAGCGAAAUUACCAGCACAUAUAA